AUGGCCACCGAGCUCGCCAACCCGCCUAGUAAGAACGCGGCCGAUGUGCCAGCUCUCCGUUUCCUCUCCAAACACCAAAUUGCUCCCCCCCCCCCCCCAAACGACCGAGUCGCACCUGUCAUCACCAUCGCUUUCGCCACCGCCACCAUUGCCCAUCUGUACGAGGACGACGGCGAGCUGCCUUUCUACCUAAUUACUCGACUCGCAACGACAAUUCCUGAGGUGCCGCACCGACCCAGCCAGCGAGCCAGUCGAACGACUCCGCUCCCCGUCCGUCCCACCAGACGGCGCGCACGUCUCCAGCUUUUCCCGAGAGGCCAGCUUCCGCCCACGUCCUCUCUCCCGUCCCGUGCGAGCCUUGGAGAGAACUCGUCCGUCUCCCUUUACCGACAAGGAGUGUCCGGAGAGGGAAAAAAAAUAACAUUGCUACGCGCAUGCAUGCGACGACGGUCACUACUUGUACAUUUCCGACUCCUACCCCUCCGCAGAUACUACAUCAUCCUGCUGCCAGCUCGGCCCGACGCCUCCGACGGUCGCCGCGAGUUCGAUUCCUCGUCCGAGCCCGAGUCGUCCACCCUGUGCUCCGUCGCGCUCCCUCCCUCUCGGUUCGACACCGACCUCGAGCAAACCAAGCGCCUGUCCAACGACCGGACAUUUCCUCAGCGUCGCCGAGCGCGACCACCGUUCAAUCUGGCGUCCCCAAAGCAGAGCGAAGGCUCUUCGAGCUCCUUCAGCGACCGGCCUUCCCCCCAACACCACAGGAGGCGAUCCUCGGUCGGCUCGCCCUCCCUGAGCGACCUGCAAGCCGCCAGCUUCCUCGAGUCGAAGCCGAAGCCGGCCAACCAGGUGUCGCUCUCGCCCGUCAUCGGUACGCCGGCCGGUCCCAUGUCCCUGUCUCGCAGCCCAUCGCCGGUUCCCGGCGGCGGCUGGGCCAGCCCCGGCCUCAACCUCAGCAACAGCGGCAGGAACAGCCCGACCAUCGUCAGCGGCGGUCCCAUCCAGUGGGCGUCAUCGACCAAGAUGCGCCGUCAGGGGGGCGCCAACGGCUACCCGUCCUUUUCCACCCACAACCAGGGCUUCUUCUCCCGCAACAUGCGUCGCCUGUCCAGCAGCCUACCGCUCUUCUACUCGAGCUACGACGAUUCCCACGACGACGAGAAGGACAAGGUCGGCCACGGCAGACGAUGGCCGGGCCAGAAUCUCCCCUUGGUCGGUAGGAUACGAUCCGUCAUCGGUCGCAUGGGACGCAAGCUCAAGAUACGGCUGCUCAUCGGCUUCGUCAUCUUCAUGUGCAUAUACAUAUUUUAUCAUUCCCCGUUGGUUUAUCACUACCGACGAGCGUCGUGGGGCGGCGGCGGCGAAAAGUUCGUCAUCAUCUUGGCCGCCAACGUCGGCGGAGGCGUCAUGGAGUGGAAGGGCGCUCGCGAGUGGGCCAUCGAGCGGGACAGCGUGCGAAACAAGAGAAAUUACGUCAAGAGAUGGGGGUACGAUCUGGAGAUUGUCGACAUGAAGACGAGAAAGAAGUACGCGCACGAAUGGCGUGAGAGCUGGGAAAAGGUCGACUACAUGAGGCUCGCCAUGAGGAAGUACCCCAAGGCAGAAUGGUUCUGGUGGCUCGACCUGAACACGAUCGUCAUGGAGCCGUUCUACUCGCUGCAGAGCCACCUCUUCGACCAUCUCGACGACAAGGUGUACCGGGACAUCAACGAGUACAACCCGCUCAACUUGACGCAUCCCUUCCGGGACCACUACCUCGACGCCGAUGCCCGAAGUCCCGUGGGCGACGGGGACAUCAACUCGGUCAACUUGCUGCUCUCGCAGGACUGCUCGGGAUUCAACCUGGGCUCCUUCUUCAUGCGCCGGAGCGCCUGGUCGGAGCGCCUCUUGGAUAUGUGGUGGGACCCGGUUGCGUACGAGCAGAAGCACAUGGCGUGGGAGCACAAGGAACAGGAUGCCCUCGAGCAGAUGUACGAGAGCUACCCGUGGGUCAGGCAGCACACGGGCUUCCUGCCGCAGCGCAGCAUCAACAGCUUCCCGACGGCCGCCUGCGGCGACGGCUCGGGCAAGAACCACACGCGGUACCACUACAGCCAGGAAGACCGCGACUUUGUCGUCAACAUGGCGGGCUGCGAAUGGGGUCGCGACUGCUGGGGCGAGAUGUACCAAUACCGACAGUUCAGCUAUUGGCUGAACCGGAACCCAUGGGAACGUUUCAAGGAGGAUCUCAUCGCCGUCAUCUGGUUCAAGCUCACGGGCCAGGUUGUCAAGCUGUGA